CGAGGCUCAGCGGCGCGUGAGGGCAGUUUUAUAUCAUGCGUUAAUGUGAACGGUGCGCGUGCACGACGGUUGCUUACCUACCAACGGCAGCAGCAGCAGCAGCAGUCUGCCGUUGAUGAGAGGGCUGAAGCCGCAGCUGAAGCAUCAUCCGGGGCCAAACUACGAGAGGAUGAAGCUGCGCACCGCCUCACCUCCUCUCCGCUGAUAUCACCGUUAAAAACACCCUAAUUGUUGUGUUUGUUUAGUAAAUGGCGAAGCUGAAGGUGUCGAGGUGAGAGCAGAAAGCUGCCGUUGCUCGGGCCGCUCGCCUGCCUGCCUGCUGGAGGAGGAGUGCGCACUUUUUAUCUUUUUGCCAGGGCAACGAGCCUAAACACACAAAUCCAGUGUUUAAUUUAUCGACUAUACUGAGUGAGGAAUCAUGACUUCGGGGCAAGACGAGAGCUCAGUCCGUGUGGCGCUGAGGAUUCGUCCUCAGCUGGCCAGGGAGAAGAUAGAGGGAUGUCACAUCUGCACAUAUGUGAUGCCCGGGGAGCCUCAGGUGAUCCUGGGGAAAGACAAGUCCUUCACCUACGACUACAUGUUCGACAUGGACUCCCAGCAGGACGUCAUCUACUCCACCUGCACAGAGAAGCUGAUCGAGGGCUGCUUCGAGGGCUACAACGCCACCGUCUUUGCAUACGGACAGACUGGUUCAGGGAAGACUUACACCAUGGGGACGGGCUUUGACGUCAACAUCGUAGAGGAGGAGCUGGGUAUCGUCCCCCGCGCCGUCCACCACCUCUUCAAGGGCAUCGAGGAUCGCCGACAGGCCGCCCAGGAGCAGGGAAGCCCCGUACCUGAGUUUAAGAUCAACGCCCAGUUCCUCGAGCUUUAUAAUGAGGAAGUUCUGGACCUGUUUGACUCGGUACGAGACAGUAAGCAGAAAUCUCACAUCAAGAUCCACGAGGACGCCACCGGGGGAAUCUACACCGUAGGAGUGACCACACGGACCGUGUCCUCCGAGGCUGAGAUGAUGCAGUGCCUGAAGCUUGGGGCUCUCUCUCGCACCACAGCCAGCACUCAGAUGAACGUCCAGAGCUCUCGAUCCCAUGCCAUCUUCACCAUCCACCUGUGCCAAGUUCGCGUCUGUGCCUCUGACAAUCAAGAAAGUGAGACUGACAACAGAGUCUCCAACGGGAACUCUGAGAUGGACGAGUACGAGACGCUGACAGCCAAGUUUCACUUUGUGGAUCUGGCUGGUUCUGAGAGGCUGAAGAGAACCGGAGCGACGGGCGAUCGAGCCAAAGAGGGCAUCUCCAUCAACUGUGGACUGCUCGCUCUGGGGAAUGUAAUCAGUGCUUUGGGCGACCGGAGCAAGCGGUCCUCACAUGUGCCUUACAGAGACUCCAAACUCACCCGACUUCUACAGGACUCAUUAGGAGGAAACAGCCAAACAGUGAUGAUCGCGUGCAUCAGCCCGUCUGACCGUGACUUCAUGGAAACGUUGAACUCGUUAAAGUACGCCAACCGAGCCCGCAACAUCAAGAACAAGGUGAUGGUGAACCAGGACAAGGCCAGCCAGCAGAUCAGCGCUCUGAGGACGGAGAUCGCUCGACUGCAGAUAGAGCUGAUGGAGUACAAGACGGGUAAACGCUUGACAGGUGAGGACGGCGUGGAGAGCUUCAGCGACAUGUUCCACGAGAACUCCAUGCUGCAGACGGAGAACAGCAACCUGAGGGUGAGAGUGAAAGCCAUGCAAGAGACCAUCGAUGCGCAAAGGGGGCGUCUAACCCAGGUGCUCAGUGACCAGGCCAACCAGGUCCUCGCCAGGGCAGGUGAAGGAGGAACUGAAGAAAUUGGAAACAUGAUUCAGGGUUACAUCAAAGAAAUUGAAGAACUCAGAGCCAAACUCCUGGAGAGCGAAGCUGUGAACGAGACUCUGAGGAAGAAUCUGUCUCGUGCCUCCAAUCGUCAGUCGCUGUACGGAGGGCCCUCGCUGCUGGCGCCCGAGAAGGAGACCUCUGACAUCAUCGAACUCGCCAAGAAAGACCUGGAGAAACUGAAGAAGCGAGAGAAAAAGAAAAAGAAAAGACUCCAGCUACUGUUGGAGGAGAGAGAGAGGGAGGAAAGGGAGGAGGUGGUGGAAGAGGUUGAUGACGCCAGUGCCAGCAAGGAGGAAGUUCCUGACAACGAGCAAGAGAAGGGCACAGAGAAGGAAAUGACGGAGCGGGUCCACGAGGAAGCAGAAAUUGAGGUCCAGGAGGGCAGCGACCACGAGGAAGGAGAGGAGGAAGAGGAGGAGGACGAAGAGGAGAUGGAUGUGGAGGAGAGCUCAGACGAUUCUGACUCAGAGUCAGAUGAAAAAGAGAACUUCCAGGCCGAUCUGGCCAACAUCACCUGCGAGAUCGCCAUCAAGCAGAAGCUGAUCGACGAGCUGGAGAACAGCCAGCUGCGUCUGCACACGCUCAAACAGCAGUACGAGCAGAAGCUGAUGAUGCUGCAGUGCAAGAUCAGGGACACCCAGCUGGAGAGGGACCGUGUCCUCCUAAACAUGAAUACAGUGGAGACCGGCUCAGACGACAAGUCUCGCAAGAUCAAGGCUGAAUAUGAGAAGAAGCUGAGCGUCAUGAACAAGGAGCUUCAGAAGCUCCAGUCGGCUCAGAAGGAGCACGCCCGCCUGCUGAAGAACCAGUCGCAGUACGAGAAACAGCUCAAGAAGCUUCAGAUGGACGUGGUGGAGAUGAAGAAGACGAAGGUCCGCCUCAUGAAGCAGAUGAAGGAGCAGCAGGAGAAGAACAGGAUGAACGAGUCUCGCAGAAACCGAGAAAUCGCUUCGUUAAAGAAAGACCAGCGCAAGCAAGAGCACCAACUGAAGUUACUGGAGGCUCAGAAAAGGCAGCAGGAGCUCAUUCUGAGGAGAAAGACUGAGGAGGUGACGGCUCUGAGGAGGCAAGCCAGGCCCACCUCAGGUAAGGUCAUCAGGAAAGAACCGAUGCAGGACUCCACCCACAGACCUCCAUCUGGACGCUUGUACUCCUCCGGCAACGCUGCUCCCAACGGCACUCGGUAUUCCUACAGGCGAACUGUAGGUAUUUACUCCACCAGAAUCGCUCGCAAUAAAUGGCAGUCUCUGGAGCGCCGAAUCACCGACGUCAUCAUGCAGAGGAUGACCAUCUCCAACAUGGAGGCCGACAUGAACCGCCUCCUCAAGCAACGAGAGGAGCUGACCAAGCGUAAAGAGAAGGUCAUCCGGAAGAGGGAACGGCUGGUCAAGGAGGGACCAGAGGCAGAGAAGGCGGUGCCUCCCCUUAACGAGGAAGUGGACGCGUUGACGGCUAACAUCGACUACAUCAACGACAGCAUCGCAGACUGUCAGGCCAACAUCAUGCAGAUGGAAGAAACCAAGGAGGAAGGCGACACAGUGGACAUCUCUGCUGUGAUUGGUUCCUGUACCCUGACGGAAGCUCGUUUUCUGUUGGAUCACUUCAUGUCAAUGGCUAUCAACAAGGGUCUCCAGGUGGCCCAGAGGGAGUCUCAGGUGAAGGUGAUGGAGGGCCGGCUGAAGCAGACGGAGAUCACCAGCGCCACACAGAACCAGCUGCUCUUUCACAUGCUAAAGGAGAAGGCCGAGUUCAACCCGGAGCUGGACGCGCUGCUGGGGAACGCGCUGCAAGAGCUAGGUAACAUCCCGGCUGAAAAUGGGGAUGAUAGCAGCAGUGAUGAGUCUGCCCAGAGCCCUUCUGCAGAGGGAGGCACCUUGUCAUCAGAUCUCAUGAAACUCUGUGGAGAGACCAAAACAAGAAAUAAGGCUCGUAGGAGGACCACCACUCAGAUGGAGUUGCUGUACGCAAACAGUGACUCCGCCCCCGACGCGCCCACCGCAGACUUCUCCAGUCCGAUGCUGCCGUUAGCUGAAACACCAGAGGGGGGAGGAGACGUGGAGUCGUCAGGCUCAUCAGUCAGGGACUACACAGCUCUCUCCCCCGGCUUUUCCUCUAAAAUGGGCAGCAUUUCUGGCUCCAGAGCUUCGUCAGGGGUGGAAAAGCGAGCACCGGAGCCCUCCCCGCUCUCUCGCAGGAAGACCUAUGACAAGGCAGCGGCCGACAGGGCAAAGGCUAAGGAGAUUAAACACCCAGUCAUCAGGAACCUGAAGAGCAGCCCACCACUUCCUCUCUCCCCUGCCGCUCAUCCCAGUAACCACGUCGCCGCGUUUAGCCAUAUGACAGGGUAUCUGGGGCGUGCUACAAACGUCCUGCAGGAUAAGACGAACGGAUGCCUCCACCUGUCCUCCAAUCACAUCCUGCGUUCUGUUUCCCCUCCUCUCUCCGAUCUACCCAAGGGCGUCAUUAACCCGGUGCCACCCACUAAAAGCAGUCGGUCAGCGACGCUGCAGUGCGUCCACGUGGCGGAGGGACACGGUAAAGCUGUUCUCUGUGUCGACUGCACUGAUGACCUUCUCUUCACCGGAUCCAAAGACCGGACCUGUAAGGUGUGGAAUCUGGUGACGGGUCAGGAGAUAAUGUCCCUGGCCGGUCAUCCAAACAACGUGGUGUCGGUCCGCUACAGCUCCAGUUUGGUCUUCACCGUCUCCACCUGUUACAUCAAAGUCUGGGACAUCCGUGACUCGGCCAAGUGCAUCCGAAUACUAACGUCCUCUGGGCAGGUAAAUACUAGCGACGUCACUUCGUCUAACACCAGCCGGACGGUCACCAUCCCGGCAGGAGAGAACCAGAUCAACCAGAUCUCUCUCAACCCCAACGGGACGGUUCUGUACGCCGCCGCCGGAAACUCAGUCAGAGUCUGGGAUCUGAGGAGAUUCGCAUCCACAGGGAAGCUCACUGGUCACCUCGGUCCAGUGAUGUGUCUGACUGUGGAUCAGUCUGGAAACAACCAAGACCUGGUGAUCAGCGGGUCCAAGGACCACUACAUCAAGCUGUUUGACGUGACUGAAGGCUCUCUGGGAAGCAUCGGCCCCACUCACAACUUUGAACCCCCCCAUUACGACGGCAUCGAGUCGCUGGUGAUCCAGGGGAACAUUUUGUUCAGUGGCUCUCGAGACAACGGCAUCAAGAAAUGGGACUUAGACCGCAAAGACCUACUGCAGCAAGUCCCGAACGCCCACCGUGACUGGGUGUGUGCGCUCGGUGUCGUCCCCGGGUCCCCGGCCCUGCUGAGCGGCUGCAGAGGUGGUGUGCUCAAGCUGUGGCACACGGACACACUGGGGACUCUCGGGGAGCUGAGGGGCCACGACAGCCCCAUCAACGGCAUCGCUACCAACAGCAGCCAUCUGUUCACCGCCUCCGAUGACCGGACGGUGAAGAUCUGGCGUGCACGUGGUGGACUGGACAGCACUUUAGAGACGGCUGACAAUGCGGACGAGGUGGCCAGUAACUGAACACUCUGGACGGACACUAACGGCAUCGUUUGAUGCUGCUGCCCUGCACUUUGACCCCUUAACUUCUCAAUACUGACUCCUAAAACACACACCUACCAUGCCAUGAUGUAACCUUUAUGACUGAGCCAACCGGAAAGUAAUCUCAUCUCAACGGAAACUACACAAUCAUUCUUUUCUUAGACUGCUCAGAGGGUCGUACUAACUCGUUUUAGUUCACCGUAUUUGUUAAUGACUCUUUGCAGGAUAGACUCAUCUUUUUCUCUUUAGCGCUGUAGACGAUACGUCAUCGUGGAUCACGAUAAGAACUCACAAGACGUUUAUUUAAGAGUUGAACACACUCAUAGGAAAUAUCUCUGCUGCUCAGCUCUGUUCGGCGCUGUGCCAGGAUAAAGUACACCUACAGACACGUAAUUACCCAGGAAAAGGGUAGCAGUGUUAGAUUAGAAAAAUACACCGGAAGUAGAGUGUAAGAGGAGAAAAGUGUGGCAGAGCUAACGGGUUGGUAGCUGGUCUUCGCAACCCAGUUCCCGAGUUUCUUGGGAUUAUUUCACUGCACCAAUGACCCCGCGCUCCUUCCCCCACCUCCCAAAAAUAACAAAAGUGGCUUUACUGUAUGUGACAAAUCACUGUUCCCCUUAACUUCCCUCUCCUGCUUUUGUGCGCCUCAAUUUCUGCAGCCGUUCAAGAUCAGCGACCAAAAUUGUGCAAACUUGUCGUCUUUGCUGUCUUGCACUGCACUCGUGAACUGAUCACACUGUACAGUAACAGUCCCACUUUAAAGCAAAAAGUUCGACAUUUCGGGAAAAAAAGAUUAUUUACUUUCUUGCUGGGAGUUUGAUGAUACCGCUCCAUUAUCUGUCUGUUAAAUAUAAGAUUACAGCAGAGACAGUGUAUAAAGAUGGACAAUGUGUCUCCACUUCCUCCCACUGUAAAAAAGUGAAGCCAAAUUAUCCGAAUACGGGAGCUGCCAUCUGGAGCCAGAGUCUGCGCAGUAGUGAUAAGGAGGGCUGGAGCCACGGUAUCGGAGGUCCUGCCCGAGCCAAUCACAAGCCGAGCAUGGGUACAGCUUGUUAAUGUGAGCCAUCUAGCUGCUACGUUAGCACCACGGUAGCUAUUUGGCUAUAAAGACAUAAUAACUCACCAUAAUAUCUCUACUUUUAUAAUCAAAUUGACAUGUUCUAUUACACAGACUCGUGACGGUUAUUGAAAGUUAAAGUUACAUCUCCUCUUUUUCGUAAAAUUCCUUAGCUUAGCAUAAAGACAGCUAGCCCGGCUCUGUCCAACUUUAACAAAAUCCGACUUCCAGCACCU